AAAGCAGAGAAUCUUUGGCUUCAAAACAGGAGCGGGCAUGCCGAGAGAUGGUGUCACAUGAUUUUUUUAGAUCCAGAAACAGGAAAUAUGGGUCAAAAUCAAGCUCCAUCCACCAGGGGAAUUUUGAAUCGCUGAAAAUGUUUCUUGCAUGUAGAGAUGUUUUUAUCAUUUGUUUGCGAUCAGACCCAUGUGCUUCCCUAUUCAUUCAAAUAGCAUGAAACACGUGUGUUACAAGACAAUCCGUAUCAUGGUUUUUAAGUAUGCACAGUUCAGCUAGCUUUGUAGAACUUAAAGCAAUAUUUGUGGCGCUCUCACUACUCGUGUCUAUGUUUUGGUUUUGCGAUGGGGCUUCUAUGCUGCCGCUUGAGUCGACUCGAAGUGGCGUUCGUCCAAAUGGGGUAUAACUGCAGGGAGACAACCAUAUCAGUCAAAAUAAGCGCACCUUAUCAAUUGAAGGUUGACCUGGUGAGCCUGGAUUACCGCAUUGAAGUUCAUUGGAAAUUUCCACCAGCGUCUCAAGGACAAACAAAUUUCACAGUUGAAUUUGUCAACUGCCACAAUACAAGCUUCUGCAAUGGGGCCACUUCUGCCUUUUUGCUGCCUUUUAUCCCAGGGAAAACUGAUUAUGUGUUCCAGAUACUAGCAUUUGAACUCCCAUUUGAUGAUUUUCCAAUCUGCAAUGUGACGGUGACAGCUGAAAAUGAAUUUGGAAGGACUGGAUCAGACCAGUUUGCUGUUGUAGAAGCGGAUAUCAUAAGAAAUAUUCUUCCUACACCUGACCCUCCACUGUCCUUCCUUGGCUCCGCCCUAGACAGUAAAACAAUCCGUGCACAAUGGGAAGGAAGGCCGUUAUGGCAUGCUGUUGAGUCUAUGAAUGUUGAUUUGUGGUUCACCAUAUUAUAUGCUGAUCGCAAUAUCUCUGGAAAUACUGUAAAUGCUAAGCUCACAGAUGAGAACUCAACUCUUGAAACAUUUAAGACUCUGAGUGUGAAGGGCUAUCAUGUUCUCCUGACCGACCUCAAGCCUUACACAGUGUACUUUUUGUGGUUGGCGGCAAUUUUUCACACCUCCCCUGAACAGCGAGGGGGAGGUGUCAGCACGUUUGUGGGUCCUGUUGCUGUGAGGACUUUACAGGGAGAGCCCGAUCCAGGACCUAUUAUUGUGGGCGAUUACUCCGAGCAGUUACCCCACCAACCAGGAAAGAGAAAUGUUACCCUAACUUGGAAGGUCCCGUCCAUAAAGGAAUGGAAAGGCGCCCCUGCCAGCUUUAAAUUCCACAUCAAGAAGCAGAGUAACGGCUCCGUAUCUAUAUCAAAGACGGUGCCUAUACAUGGGGGAGCUGUGCCUAAUAGUACAGUGAUCCCUGGGCUCGACUCCUACACAGCGUACAAGAUAUUUAUGAGCAUGUGCAACAAAAAGACUUGUGGGGGUGUGGGACAGUAUGGUAUAAGGGCAUUAGAUAUGCCGCGAAGCACGCCACGCUCCAGCCCUAGCAGCUUGAGCACUGUUAGCCUUGUGGCCAUCAUCCUGAGUGGAGUGAUUGUGGUUGGCGUACUUGUCUUUGGCUACGUCGUGAUAAGCAGAAAAAGAUCUAUUCGUCGCAUUCCUCCACUUGGCCCAAACUUUGGCGAAAUUGCUCCAAUAACCCAAAUGUACAAUGAGCCAGCCCCGCCACCAGAUAAUGAAAAUUAUGACGCUGUAUUUGUAUCGGACCCGUCCACACAAAGGGGAUCUAUCGCAUUGUCAACAAUAACCAGAACAGUAGCAGCUAAAGAUGGCAGUGGAUGCAGUUGAUUUUUAGAUUUUUCUAUCAGACUGUGGUGGCCACAAACGUGAUGUUAUAAUGUUUUUAUACAUUUUGUCCUCUGCUUAUUACUGGCUUGUCGCAGUCUGUAAUCCUUGUGAAAUAGCCCAUCUGAAUUUGUGAUUAUUAUGGUCAUAUGAACACAAGAACUUCUAGGAAAGCGUGGAAUGGUUAUAUGCAAGUGGAAUGCAUAACCUGGAAGAGAUGGAAUGGUUAAGGACACUAAAAAAAUGGAUGGAAUACCCAGAUGCCAAUUGUCAAUGUGUUUCUGUCAUUAAACAUACCAUACGAUAUAACAACCAUUAAAAGCAUCGCAUUGACUAAGGGCAUUAAAACAAUGGAUUCUGAGUUA